AUGCAGCUCGUAAAUACUAUCCGUGAAGAUGACGAGCAAAAGGGACCUAGCUUGCUGAAUUUGAUUCGAAGCAACGCGCCAUUAGACGAGAUCCGCCUUCAUCUUGCGGAAAAUGAAAAACUAAGUAAUAACAACGAGGCUAUUGCCAAGGGCCAAAAGCCUAAUUCCAGCCCUUUUGGGUCAUCUCACAGGUACAUGGAUAUUAAGCGUAUAUCUGAUAUUCCUCUCUACAGGGUACCUGCCCAACCAUGGACAUCUGUGACGAAUGAUGAUGACUUCGUGUCGCACUUGAUCUCACUGUAUUUCACCUGGAACAACUGCACUUCCAAUUGGAUUGACCGCGACCUGUUUUUGAGGGAUAUGAGAUCUGGAAAUUUGGAAUCUAGGUUCUGUUCACCUUUGCUUGUCAAUAGUGUCUUGGCUAUGGCGUGUUUAUACUCAGAUUAUCCCGAAACCUUGGCCAUCCCAGGUGACCAAAGCUCGCGAGGAGAACACUUUUUGGAGGAAGCAAUGCAAUUGUUGAAAGAAGACGAAGAUCGACUAUCACUCACAACUUUUCAAGCGCGGGGUAGCAUCUAUAUGUGUCUGAACGGCAUGGGAAAAGACAGGCUCGGAUGGCUGAAAAUUGUCGAGAUUGCGGAUUGUGCCCGCGAUAUUGAGAACAAUAGUCAAAAAAUGGUAGCAGAGGCCGGUGCAGAAGCUCCAGAGAUGACAAAGGCCAUCUCUACGGCAGUCUUCGGGCUGUUCAAUGCCUGCACGAUCAGCAUCCUUGGUUUACAAAAGCCUGCUAUCGCCACAAGGCCCACAAAACUCGAGCGGCUUCCUCGAAGCCAUGAUCCAGGAGAUACUUGGUGCCCUUAUCCCCGCCAAGUCGAGCCUGAACCGGCGCACACGAGCUGUGUGAUCAACGGCGUUUCCGAUCUCAUGCUUAUCGUAUGGGAUAUAUGCAAUUAUUUCUUCGGAGAUGGGAAACCUGCUACACUUGAUCUUGAAAAUAUUAACUCCUUCUACCAUCGGCUGCAAACCUGGGCUGAAACCCUUCCAGAAUGCAUCGGUCUGGGUUGCACCCCGACACCCGGAGUAAUGGACAUGCACAUGAGAUAUUACACAGUUAUCUUAUUGAUAUUCGGGUUUAUCGAACCAGUUCUAGAAGAGAGCGACUCAGCCACCAAGAGCCACAUCAGGGCUCUGAGGUUUUCUGCAGCCCAUAAUAUCGGCGCGGUACUCUAUCAAUUUCGGUCUCAAUGGUCUGUGGACUGCGUACCAGGGACUGCAAUGCAGUAUACAUCUGUCGUGAUGUUCACACUCCUCGAAAACCUACACGAUGCCCAGAGUAAACAGGCAUUUAUCGAAUCUUUCAUCAUUCUCCGUUCGCUCGCUCGACGGUGGAAACUAGCCAAGAAUAUUCUUCAGCUUAUCCAGCUAACAGCCAUGGAAAUGGAAUUUGCUCUUCCGAUAGAAACACAAAUUAUUUUCAGAGACUUCGAGGCCGAACUCUGGAAAGCAGAGCAUUCUGGCGGCUCGGCGGCCUUUAUCCAAACCCUCCAGUCGCUUUUAAUGAAGAACGAGGACCAGGAUGGCACAUUCAUGACGCCUAAUUAG